AUGCCGGAAGAUGCUAUCCCAGUGUGCAGUCGGUUGGUCGUCAAGGGCCUUCCGACAAAGUUCACACAGGAAGACGUCAGGAAGUUGUUUGAAGAUUUCGGCCUUAUAACGGACUGCCAGUUAAAGUUCGGUGCCAACGGAGUGUCGAGGCGAUUCGCCUUUGUCGGGUUUCGCGGUGACGAUGAAGCGACAGCGGCAAAGCAGCAUUUUCAUAACUCGUUCGUUGGCGCGUCACGAAUCCAGGUUGAGUACUGCCGCGCCUACUCUGCGGCAAAGUCCGACCCCCGGAAGUCUGCCGAUCGACAGAAAUCACCCAGCCUAACGGUGUGCAUUGAUUGCGGUCAGCGGAUCAAGAAAAAGAGCCUGCACCAGUUCCUGGCACCAGUCAGGCCGGUGAAAAUCGUUUUCGUACCGCAGUCGACCGCCGUCACCGUGGUAUUGUCCAAACGGUCAGAGGUGAACAACGUGCUAAAGCUUGACGGCACGUUUCUGUCUGGCAAGCGAGUGAGCGUUACCGUAUCAGACAGCGUCGUCGGUCACGUCCACGGCUCAGGUCAGAAAUCCUCCGAUGAGGGCGACAUCGACUAUAAGCCUGAGACGGCUGAUGACAUUCGGAGGAAUGCUGACAUUAUCGCUGAGACCGGAUGCCUGUUUGUCAGGAAUUUGCCGUACGUGUGUACGGUGCAGGACUUGCGCGACGUGUUCCAACCGUUCGGUGAGCUCGUCGAGGUAUCGCUACCGAUCGAACAGGAGACUCAGAAACCAAAGGGCUUCGCAUUGCUCAAGUACAUGUUUCCCGAGCACGCAUUGAAAGCGUAUACAGCACUCGAUGGUUCGGUGUUCCAUGGAAGACUGCUGCACAUUCUUCCAAGUAGCGAAGCGGUGAAACUGCCGUCGGCGGUGCAGCUGGACGAUGAUUCGUUGAAAUCCAAGAAGAAGGCAGAGCUGCUGGAAACGACGGUUCGAGGUGUCAACUGGAAUACGCUGUUCUUGGGCGCUAACGCGGUGGCGGAUGUACUGGCUGAUGAGCUGGGCACGGCGAAGAGGGACAUUCUUGACCCGGCGUCCAAGUCCAGCCUCGGAGUGCGUAUGGCACUCGGCGAGACGCAUGUUGUAGCUGACACUCGUCAGUUCUUGCUGGAAAACGGCGUUGACCUGGACAAGUUCUCGGAUAGCGAUGCGAAGCGUAGCGAGUCAGUGAUCCUUGUCAAGAACCUACCCGCUGGCACUGACAGCCAAGAAAUCCGGAAGGUUUUCGACAGGUACGGAAGACUAGGGCGAGUUGUGCUGCCGCCAUCUGGCAUAAGUGCGUUGGUCGAGUUUAUGAACAGUCAAGAUGCGGCCAAGGCGUUCAAGGCUCAAAUCUUCAAGCGUUUCAAGUCGUCGCCGCUAUUCCUCGAAUGGGCGCCUGACGCGGUGUUCAAAUCGCAGUUUGAAUUGGAGCUGGAGAAGUCAAAAGCCGAUCAACCGAAGGCGGUGACGUCGACGGCCGAUGUGUGUGACGUUGAGAGUCAUCACAACACGUUGUUCGUCAAAGGCCUUGACUUCGCUACGAGUGACGAGGCGUUUGCCAAGCACUUUGAGCGCAUUGGCCCCCUGGUUUAUGCCACCGUGGCCAAGAAAAGCAACCCGGCGAAAGCGGGCGAACUUCUGUCGAUGGGCUACGGUUUUGUACAGUUCAGAAAGUCAGUCGAUGCGUCGAGGGCGCUCAAGGAACUGCAGAACAGCACGAUUGACGGACGAAGUAUUACGCUGAAGUUUUCGGAACGAGCGGCGAAGGUGUCGCCGAAACUUGCCGCUUCAACUCUGUCGAAAAGGACCGGUCGAGACAAAGGCAAAGAACGGUCGGAAAGCACCAUUCUUGUUCGCAACAUACCAUUUCAGGCGAACAAACGUGAAAUCACGAACAUUUUCAACACGUUCGGUGAACUUCGAGCCGUCAGGUUGCCUCGUAAAACUCAGUCCAGUGAACACCGCGGCUUCGGCUUCAUCGACUUUGUGAGCAAGGACGACGCGCAAGCGGCAUUCAAUGCCUUGUGCCACAGCACUCACUUGUACGGCCGAAGGCUGGUGCUCGAGUGGGCAUCGGUCGAGUCGGACCUGGAUGAGUUACGGAAGCGCACUGCUGUGUAUUUCACGGACGCAGCGAUGACCGCUAAGCAGAGCAGGAUGCUGCUGGAGAAGAGUCUGAAGUAG